UUGUCGCAAUCGGCAUCCACCGGUGAGGGGAGCGUACUUAGUAGAGCACUAGAUGCUCCUGAGUAUCCCGGUCGGGUGAGGGGUAAGGGUCAUGGUGUGACUCCAACCUCUUUUUACAAGAGUCCUAGGAGAAGAAAUCCUUCAAAUGAAGAAGUGUUGCAAAAGUUGGCGGAAUUGCAAGCACAAGUCUCUGAAUUGCAAAGAGAUAAAGAAGCGUAUAUGAGAGAAAAGUGCAACACUUCAUCGGUGAAAGAAACUAGUGAUAAGGCUAGUAUCAACUAUCAAAGGAAAUUUCCCGAGGGCAUUUCAUCUUGCCAACUAUACUUAUCGGAACCGAAUUAUCGACUAGUUGGCAAGGGAAAAGUGCACAACACUUUGGGAGAUUUACUUCACCAUAGACCGCUCCCGGAUGGACACCUGAAAGUAUCGGUGGAUGUUGUAGUAGAUCAUGAUGCGAUGCUACCGGUACCUGACAUGGUCUCAGAGACGACAUUGCUGCGAGAUGCAAUAGGAUCAUUUGUUGCAUGGCCCUCGGAGCUCAUUACCAUUAGUGAUGAGGUAUAUUGAAAAUGAUUAUGAAUCAUUUAGUUUUCGAAUGUCAAUUCUAAACCGUUUAUUAAUUAUUUUUUACAUUUUAAUUUUAGACUGCUCCUAUAAAACCCACA